GCUUUGUGCAGGAAAGCUGAUUCUUUGUCUAGUUAAUUUACAUGCAAAAGUUAAUCUUUGCUAGGGAAUAGUAGACGGCCUUUCUCCAUAAUUUGGUUUGAUACGAUCUUGUGGUAUGAUUUUCCUUUUUCUUCUUCCCUGUGUAACAUUAGACUCGGUCGUGAAAGCUGCGUGCGGUCAAACCCACAUCUCCAAACUGCAUCAUCAGCCUGAUUUAGAUGAGAAGUAACGUUACAUGAGGCAGCAUGUGCUCACGAGAACCUGUGCUGCCUGCUAUUAUACUUGUCAAACGAGUCUUCGCCCGAAACAAGGUCAAAUCUGUGAUCAAGUGUGCUAUCAUACAGAGGAUGGGAGUGUAGAGACAGUGUGUUUGUGAGAAUCGAGCGAUGGAGCAGGCACCAGAGGAGGACAUGGAAAGCUCAUGGACUCUGCUCUCCUGGCUGGCCUCAAGUGUGAUGGUGUUCGGAGGCGCUGUGCCCUACGUCCCCCAGUACCAGGAGAUCCAGAGGACCAAUAACGCAGAGGGUUUCUCCACAAGAGUCUGUCUGGUGCUGCUUCUUGCCAACAUACUGCGCAUUUUCUUCUGGAUAGGGAAGCAGUUUGAAAUGCCCUUGCUCCUGCAGAGCGUGGUGAUGAUUCUUACAAUGUUGGCUAUGCUGCAUUUGUGCUGUUCCAUUCAUGCCAGUAACCGCGUCAGUACCAAACAACACCACAUCACAGAUUUGGACUUUAGGCAUUUCUGGAGCUGGAGUUCAUUUGAAGACUAUCUGAUCUUCUGUUUCGGCUUCACGCUGCUUUGUGCUUUUAUAACGUUCGUCUUUCUGGACUGGGUUCUGUUUGUGGAGGCUUUGGGCUCUUUGGCUGUGAUGUUUGAAGCCAUGCUGGGCCUUCCUCAACUGCUUCAGAACUACAAUAACAGAUCUACUCGAGGCAUGAGUGUAAAGAUGGUGCUUCUAUGGACUGCAGGUGACAUCUUUAAGACCACAUACUUUGUGAUCAAUGAAAGCCCCACACAGUUUCUGGUCUGUGGUUCAGUGCAGAUCCUGAUUGACAUUGCCAUUCUGGUCCAGGUGGGAUACUAUGGCCAAGACUCCAGAAGCAAACUGGGCUGACCUCACAUUUGAACGAUAAUGAUGAGGUUCACCACUCCUAAAUGAGGACAUACAGUACUACGUUACAUGCCUGUUGCAAAACUGUGCUGUUACUUUUUCCAAUGUUUUUUAGUGAGAAAAUGCAUGUACUGGGGUCUAUAAACCUGACAUGGUUGCUUAAUUUGAAAGCAUAUGGAAUCUAUAUUUGUAAACAUUUUUCAUUGGAAAUGAUAUUAGCAUAGAGUUGCAUUAAACAAUUAAUGUGCUCUUAAAUGACAAAAUACACUAAAGCUGGGUUGGACUUUGCAAAACCUUAUAAUCCGUGUUAUCCUAUUGUGAUUUGGGAAUCACAACAAUCCAAUUGUGUUGUACAAUUUGACUUUUUGUACAAAGUUAACACGGUUAGAUUUGAUUUGUGAUCAAGAAAUCAUGCAGAAUCUUACAUACAUUUCAUGUUUUAUGUGUUGUAAUUAUUAAUCUAGGUUUUUAUUAGGUUUCAAGUAGUUUUUGCUCUCAGUUUUUCAAUGUGCAGGCCUUUAGACCCCAUUAUUUAUUUACAUUUUUAUGUCACAAACACACCUGUGUUUAUGUACGUUUCCUCCUAAGGUUAUUUCUCUUACCAAAUGACCGUUCACUUUGUUAUGUUUGGGAUAUUUGUCUGUUUACCAGCAUUUGGGAGAGCUGCUACAUUCUCAGUGCAGCUGAACCACUGGGAAAUUUAGGAGCAUGUGCCAAUUGCAUCCCAAACUCAAUUCAAACUGCUAGCUCAUUUAUCAACAAUUUGUUGUCCUUUUUUUCAUUUAAGAGCACUUACACACUGUUACUUGCAAAGUUGCACACAAAAGGCUGCAUAUUAAACAGCAUAUUGAUGUUAGACUUUUAAACCCAAGUCCAUUUCCUGAUUUAUGGUUUUAUUGCCUAAUUUUAAUUACCUGCAUAAUAUUAGUGAAAAUGCAUGAAGGGCGUGCCAUAAAUAUAUAAUGUAAAAAUGAUAUAUCAAAUUGGAUUGCAUUGCUAACAUAAAAAACGAUGGAUUAGUUGUGUUUUAUUAUUCACAUAGAUCAAUAGUCCCAGGAAGUAAUUUCACUAAAAGAUUGUGGAAAAGGUAUUGUGGAAUUGUAUUGUGGAUUAUAAGUGGAAAGGUAUUGUGGAAUUGUCCGACUGCACUGGAUACCCCUGUGAUAUUACACAACAAAAAAGCCAAUGAUGGACAAACGUUGAGUAAUCUUGGGUUGAUAGCCUUCUUUGUCCUCCAAAGAUGACAUCUCCGCCUGACUAUUACCAGUCUUAUAUCAUCCAUAUGUUUGUCCAAGCACAUUACGCCAAGAUGAAGGGCAAUCUGCACAGAAAUUGACAUUUGGACUGUUUUCAUGUUUCAAGUUAAUGAAGCUGGUGAUAAACGUACAGUCACCUCAGUUUGACUCAUAGUGUAGUUGAUCAGUUCUGAUGAUCUCUCAUCGUAAAACAGUCCCACUCCAUUAAGUUACCAUUCACACACCGUGAGGCAUGUAUUUUGUCACUGCAAAAUAAUGUUACUUUAGCUUUAAAUCCUGCUUUAGCAUUUUAGCGCUACUCAGGGGGAUAUAAAUGUGGCCUUUGAAAAGCAGUUUUAGAUUCCAUCUUGGUUUUUGUUUUGGCUCCGUCUCUUUGCACCGUCUGGCUUAUAUUUCACACUAACAUGGAGCUAUUAAGCCUGGUGGCUCCCUUAGCAUGUGGUUAUUAUGGAUGAUUCCAUAGCUUCGGUCUCUCAGCUGUUUCCUAUCUGCAUGGGCAGGUUUUAUCGGCUUUAGUUGUUAUUGUGGUAGGGCUGUGUGUGAGGGAAAUCUUUGCUCUGUUGUGCUGUUAAUCUCCUCAACAUUAUCAGCAGCUAUAUCUGGCCCCAGCAAAUCUUAAAACUAAUAUCACAUAUAUUCACAUGAAACUAUAAAACAUGUCUGUCCAGUCAAACUGUGCCAUCUCAGGUGUUGCUCUUUAAAGUCUCAGGAGACAUGAUGCAGUAUAUCUGUUUUGUGUGUUUUAAGUAUUCAAUUUGUCUUUCUGAUGUCUCUUCUAAAGUUAUACAAAUAGUAUUAUUGGAAUUAAAUUAUGUAGAUUAAGGGUAGAGGCAAGGGGUAAUCCACAGCUAGCCGUGGGUUAAAGGGUUUUUACGGAGGGUUUUUACAGAGGGUGGUUGCCUCUGCGAAGUGCAUUAAAAUCCUUUAACGCACGGCUAGCUGUGGAUUAUCCCGCUUAUACCAUGGUCAUUUGCCAAGUUAAAGCUGUUAUUGAUGUCUACAGUGUCAUUUUAGAUCAAACAGGUGAAAAUGACAUUUAUUUUCGUCAGUUCAUUUUAAAUGUGAUCAAAGUGACUGGAGCUACCCGUGCGUUAAAGGGUUUUAAUGCACACCUUCCAGCCAAUCAGAAUCGAGUAUUCAAAAAGACCAUGGUAUAAAGCCAUUGAAUGAAAAGCAUGUCUCAGAUUUAAUGAACGUUGAAGAGAGUUGUUGUGAUUCUGAUUGCAGAUUUUUGUAUCGUGGCAUACACUGUAAAAAACUGUAAUUUUACCUUUUUAUUUGAUAGAAUUUUCACGUAUUUAUGAAAUGCAGUAAAAUAUAGAAAUAAACAGCAAAUUGACAAGUUUAGUGUACGAUAAUAUGAAAUACAUGUCAUUUUAAAAACUCUGCCAAAAUAUUUGUUUUUUAUGGGAUUCUUUACAGUGUAUGUGAGCACAAUCUGAGAAAUUAGGCUACUAAACAUCUGAGAGACUGGAGAGAAGUCCAUACAGGUAUUUGUACUCCUUGUUAUCUCUGUUGUUGUCUAUGAGAAACAGUUGAGAUAUUAAAAGAGUUUUUUAUUUUUUCCCUUUCCUUUGGGUCAGUUCUUUUCUGUACCUGUCUUGAACCCAAAUCCUACAUUUCUUGUUAUAUAAAGACAUUCAAGUUUUUUUAAACAAUUAUGCAUAUCUUUCUAUUGUAUUGUAUAAAUUCAUGUUUAUCAAUUUCAGUUUUGUUAGUUGCACAUGACCGGUAAAUAGCUUUGCCAAGCUCAGUCAUUUUCUCAUCUUUGGUAAGGAAAUCGCUCUGAUAAGCAAGAUAAUGGUCUAUUAUGUGUUUAAUGUUGUGAGAUAAUGACCAUUUAAUGUUACCUUAAUGUUCUGAAUGUUUUUGUCUUUUAAGUCAUGUCAGAAAAGCACCAUGCAAUUUGAGAUAAAAAACAAGUCUUCUUUAUGAAUACAGUUUUUAAAUAUAACAAUAUCAGCCUAUGGAACUGUCGGAUGGGAUGUGUUUGCUACUGUAUAUUUGUCAUAUAUACAAAUUAUUGGGAUAAAAUAUUACUGUAUAAAAGCAUUUGUUUUUUAUUUAAGAGAAACAACACACAAUUCUCUGUUCUACUUCUAUUUUAAAUAACGUUUUUAUUAUUUAUUCUUAUUGUUAUUCUACAGCUUGCAAGCCUACAUUGUCUGCCUGUUUUGAAGCACGAUCUGUAUUGCUUGUUGAAUUCUCAAGACUUGAUGUUAACUGAAUUGUUUGGAUUUGCAAAGCUCCAGCAACAUACUUUAUUUAUAUAACAUCUACUGCAUGAUUGCCCAUUUUAAAUUAAAUGUAAAUUGCCUGUGUGACCAGUGUAGUGGGGUGUAAAAUUGAAAACUCAUAUUCCAUUCGUUCCUGAUUCUGUACUCUGGGUGUGAGGCAAGUGUCAUUUCUGGAUAAUAAAGAGUUUCACUGAUCCAAAAGUGUUAAGCUCUACCACGUUCUGACCCACAGUCCUGAAG